UGAUAUUAUUGAUUGUUAUUAAUAUAGCCCAGUCACUCUCACCUCCAGGACUUUCUUAAACGAAAUUAAAUACUUUGCCAAGUAUGAAUGCGUUUGUAUUCGUCGCAUGCGCGUCGGCCGCGUGCCUCGACGCCCAAAGGAUCAACUAUAAAUACCAAGCCCAUUCAAAAAUUAAAUCAUUGUUGUUCCAUUACCCGCCGCGUACGACGCACAAUUAAAACUAAUGAUACAGUGAUAAUCGUAAAAAUGAAGUGUCUUUACAUACUCGUGGCUUCUGCAGCCCUGGUGCAUGGUUACGCCAUCAAGGACAAUGAAAUCGAAACGACCCGGUUGAAAACAAGUGAUGAUCUUCUGGAUAGUGUGAUCAGUGAUUGUUUCGAAGCUGAAUCCCCGAUGUCCUGUCUCAAAGUGAAAGUUCUUUCCUUCUUAGAUACCAAACUGGGAUUCACCAGCGAGUCGGCGCGGGCUCUCGAUGAUGACAACAUCGAUAAAGUCAUCUUCGACAGGGUAGGCAGGGUUUUGAACAGCAAUGAGUUUAGAUUUCAGCUGCCAGAGUUUCUUUUCCAGAGCGCGGAAGUUUCUUAUCGUGCUGACAGAGGAUUGGACGUUGAAUUUCCCGAUGAGAAAUCAGGAAACGGCGAAGCUCGAGGCCUCUUGAAGAAGAAGCUCCUUCUGCCCGUGUUGCUCCUCUUAAAGCUCAAGCUGAAAGCUUUGAUGCCGAUCCUAGUAACCAUCGUCGGUAUUAAGGCAGUUAAAGCACUGAUUCUUAGCAAACUGGCUAUCACUUUAGUCCUCGGCUUCCUUAUCUACAAUCUGCUGAUGAAGAAAGGAGGUAUGCCAAUGAUGAUGAUGACACCAACAGAAGCACCUGCACCUCAAUACGGACCCCCAGCUGCUCAAUACGGACCACCUUCCACGCCCGCUGCCCCUCAGGACUCUUACAACCCGCAAUGGGAGCCAUCCAGCUCUGGUCCUUACUCCCGAGUCUGGGAUCCAUCACAACUCGCCUACAGCUCAUACUAUCCUGGUGAUUCAAACGCCUCUGCGUCAAACCAAUCACCGAGCUACUCCAGCGUGGCGUCCGUUUCAUCAUCAUCAUCAUCAUCAUCAUCACCCACCUACUGAACUGAAUCUACCUCUAUAUCAGAAUGUAAAUAGUGAUCGCACCGAAUCGAGCUAGUGCUUAGAAGCUAGUUAUUUAUUGUCAGUAUUUAUUGAUUUAUUAUUUAUUGUACACAAUAAAAUGGACUGUUGUUGAAGCUGAAGAUUUA